AACAGAGCAAGCCCAUACCUCCCAUAGGGUUACACUGUGCCCUUGUUGACAUGGCUCUGGUCUAGAGGGGGCUUAAGGGACUCACACCAGCUUACUGCCCUCAGCCCAUCCCUGCAGAACGGCUGAGAGCUGGAGGCAGAGGCCACUGAUGUUAGCAGGUGUCUUGCUGUUGAUCUCAGGACAGAGGAAGAGCUGGAACCCUCACCAAGUCUUUCUUUUUCUCUGCCAAGGAGUGAGGCAGGGCCAUGUAGUACUAAUCGUUAAUCCAUACGUCCUGACCAAGCCAUGACAACUGUAAUUCAAUACAGAAAUGUAUUAAACAUCCCAGUCACGUGCUUUGUGCCACAACAAAAAGAGCAGUGAUUUCCAGAAGAGCUUCUCACCAUCACACAGUAGAAACGCUCUUUCUAUUGUCUCCUCUCUCCUGGGAACAUUGUCCAGCUUCCUAGCUUACCCCUCUGAGCAGACCUAAGGGAGCUCCCUGUGCUGCCAAGCAACAGCAGACUCCGUGUGUGCCAGAAUGGCAGCUUCCCUGCAGCCUCAACUCAGGCAAGCCUCUUCUCCUCACACCAACAGUGUUGCGACAGUGGUGUAGGCCCUGGGGGAGAGCACACCGCCGCAGAGAAGGCUGUCUUCACACUAGGCAGGCCUCACUUCUUCUCAUUCUCUUUGAUGCCAAGGCAAUGGCUGUGGGCCAGAAAAGGGGAAGGUAGAACGGCUGUAAAUAAAACGAGCCCAGAAUUGAAAGAGACAGAAAUUGCAGCUAAAGAAAAGGGAGGCAGAAUCUGAAUGGCCCCAUGGGAUCGGAGCGGACGGAGAUGCGCAAGCGGCAGAUGGCAGCGACUCAGGAGACCCCGGGCACGGCGCAGGCUCAGCACAACAUGGGAAACCGCGGGCCCAACGCCUGCUGCUUCUGCUGGUGCUGCUGCUGCAGCUGCUCAUGUCUUACUGUUAGAAACCAGGAAGAAGAGAGAGCAAGGAGAACAUCCCAUGAACUCCAAGCAGAGGGUAUUCCGAACUGUGAGGAAAGCCCUGCUCCUACUCUUGAAGAAGUGAAUGCUUGGGCUCAGUCAUUUGACAAGUUGAUGCUUACGCCAGCUGGUCGAAAUGCUUUUCGUGAAUUUCUACGAACAGAAUUCAGUGAAGAAAACAUGCUUUUCUGGAUGGCCUGUGAGGAACUGAAACAGGAAUCCAACAAAAGUGUAAUCGAAGAAAAAGCAAGAUUGAUUUAUGAAGAUUAUAUUUCUAUCCUUUCUCCAAAGGAGGUCAGCUUGGACUCCAGAGUAAGGGAAGUGAUUAACCGAAAUAUGCUGGAACCCUCACAACAUACCUUCGAUGACGCACAGCUUCAAAUCUAUACCUUAAUGCACAGAGACUCCUACCCACGGUUCAUGAACUCAGCUAUCUAUAAGGACUUACUUCGGUCCUUAUCUGAAAAAUCCAUUGAAGCGUAGGAUUCCUUUUUUUCUUAUAUUGUAUUUAUUUUAAAACAAAUGGGACUCUGGGCUAUCCCUAUCAGCAGGGGAUUUAGUAUUCAUUUACCUGACAACAACUCAGGCAAGUUUUACUACCAACUGAAUGCUUGGAACCCGCACAAGGCUCUGAUAUGGUCAGCUAACUACAGUUUCUGAUCAAACGAAGUAUUACUUUGCAGAAGAGAAUGAGGAACAUAAGCGUUUAUGUUCAAAAGAAAAAAGCAGUAUUUUUUACAUUGCAGCAUACAACUCGGACACAAGUCUCUUAUAAUGUAUAUCUGAAGUACUGAGCAUGAGAACUAACUUUAAGUGGACUGUCACAGUUUUCUUGAAAGUCAAACCAGUUGCUCCAUCGCACUAUGACCAAAGUACAAACAGUUGUACCGUCACUCUCUGGGUUACAUGAGACCAAGUUUCACCUCCUGUAUGAAUUGUGCUCAGCGCAGGUACACCCCACUUGUCUUAUCUGGUGCGUACAUGGUGUGUGAUAAUGGAAAUCAGUACGGUGAUCUCAAGUUUCUGAAAACUUAUUGUUGAAAUAAUUAAUGCUGCCUAUAAAAACCUUUUGCUGAAAAAAAAUUUGUUCUUUUACUACUGGAGUCUGCUGAGAGCAUUUUUAAGUUCAUGUUGUUCAUGUUUAUAACAUUCAAUUAUUUACUUAGUAGGAAGAAGAGUCUGGGGAUUGAAAUUCUCAAAUAAAGAACAAUUCUCACAUAUUUUUAUCUUCCCACUGUAGGUAGGUGUAAAAACCAUUUCAUUGUUUGUUCCUGAAAGAGUGGCACUAUCAGCCAUCUCAGUUGUGUACAUACUAAGUUGACAGCUUGUAAGGCUUAGGUAACAAAUACCCAUUACUUACAUUGACAAAAGAUGGAAGCCAGAACUAUUUUAUUCCACGGCACUUUUUCAGACUGUCCAAAAGAAAAGCAAUGGCUUUAUCAACUAAUAAACUUAAGUUCAUUACACUUCACCCAAGGCAUUACACUACCCCUAAUUCUAGCACCAUGAAAAGAAUGAAAAAAGCGCUUUCAGAAAAAAAAAAGAAAUGGGAAUAGCAAAGCAGAAUUUAGGAUAUUAAUUUGCUCAGUGCACUAGGUAGGAGAUGUGACAUCCCCAACUGCAUUCACAUUAUCAAACAAAUAAGGAGCUUUUUCAUUGCAGAAGACCUAAUACAAGGUAAGUUUACAAUAGCUGCGGACUAGUUUCUCCAAUCUUCUUCCAAAAUUGAAACACACCAACUUAAAAACAACAUGAAGAACAUAUAACCAGCUAGAAAACUGGAAAGCAAAGUACUUUUCUCCUCUAGAACAACAAUGGAUGACCUGGACCACCGAGUCAAGAGGAAUCCCUUCUAUCUACUACUACUGCAGACACGGCGCUGCUUCAUGUAUGAAUGCGGGUUCUCUCAACUGACUUUGGCAUAUCCCAAAGCACUACCAGUAUAAUCUUGGUUAUAUAAAGUAUAGCAUGAUAGGCUACGAAGGAACAAACUGGACCUGUUGGUAAGGCAGUAUUCAGGGGAGCUUGCAGUCAAACUGAGAAUGCCAUCGUUGCUGUUUUAAUCAGACUGGGUAAUGCUGCUCUAAAACUCUAAGCUGACAAAGUAAGUUUAACUAGGUCAGAUUCUGCUUGCUGGAGAGAUCAGACACACACAUCAAAAAAAGUUCAAAGUGUGUCACUUCACUGAAAUGGACUGUUUUGCUUCUUUUAAGUUAUCUCCCUUCCCUGCAAAGAUACCUCAUUAAAAGCUGGAAGACAGCCGGAACGCUCAUACUUUAUAGUAGACAAUGCAUUCUAUUAUCCCGUGGAAAAGAAAGAUAUGCUGAAAUUAAAGGGGAGACAAAACGAUACCGGAUUGGGCAGUUCUAUGACAAACAUGAGAGUACUAAAAAGAAAAAGUAGCUAUUUCUAAACUUUUUCUCCACAUCCAAAUAAUUAAAAUACUCGAGGCAAUUUUCAUUUUAUUUCUGCAUUACAGUGUGCUGAUAUUUGCAGUGCUCAUCUUUCUUGGAAAACCUUACACUUUAAUGCUGUGUUUUAGGUUCAAGCUCACAUUCAAUACUGGUCCCUAGGUACCCCGAGAGCACCUCAUACAAAAUAAAUCACUUCUCCCUUAAACAACAUUAUAUUGAGGCUGUUCAAUGCUGGAUUGAAUUGAAGAAAAAGAAAAAAGCAAAACUAAAAAAAAAA